AUGUCAGUCAUUAUCCUUACAGGCGCUUCCAGAGGCAUUGGUGCCUCUAUCGCAGAGAUCAUUCUUGCUCAACCCGACACCAAAUUGGUUGUUGUGGCCAGAUCCGAGCAGCCGUUGAACGACCUUAUCACCAAAUACGGCAAAGACAGAGUUAUCUCCGUUACCGGCGACAUUGCUGCCCCAGAAACCUCCACCAAGGCCGUCGAAGUGGCUCUUUCCUGCUUUGGCAAGAUCGACUCGGUGAUCGCCAACGCGGGAGUGUUGGACCCAGUGGACCCAGUGGCCAAGGCCGACGUAGCGCAGUGGAGGCGGUUGUUUGACAUUAACUUCUUUUCGAUCGUGGAUCUUGUCUCAAAGGCGAUCCCAGAACUCCGCAAGACCAAGGGAACUGCUAUUUUCGUGUCUUCCGGGGCCUCUACCAGUGGUUAUCAUGGGUGGGGUGCGUAUGGUGCGUCUAAGGCCGCGGUUAAUAGUCUCGCGAAGGCAAUUUCCGUUGAGGAAACGGACGUGAGAGCGAUUUCGGUUGCCCCUGGUGUGGUGGACACCCAAAUGCAGGCGGAUAUUCGGGAGGUGUUUGGGAAGAACAUGACCACUGAGGGGUUGAAGAGAUUCACCGACUUAAAGACCGAGAAUAAGUUGUUGAGUCCGGAAGUGCCGGCCACCAUCUACGCUAAUUUGGCUCUCAGGGGUUUCAGCGGCGAGCUCAACGGAGGGUACUUCCGAUACAACGAUGAAAAGUUGGAGGCCUACUCAAAAACAACCCCUACUCGCCUACUCAAGUCAACUCAAUCCACACACUUUUGUGUGCUCCGCUUCCACACCGAGCCCAUAUCCAUAUGGAACGAAUCACAGAUCGUCACUGAUCGCAAGUCCAAGUUCCAGGCGCGUUGUGUACCUCUUCGCUCCUGUGCUGCCAUUCCAGAUCUCAUAUCCCAGCUAAGGGUAUCAGACAAGACAAUCCUCAAAGCCUCCCAUGUUGCAAUGCUAGCCUGGAGAACUGGCGAGGAAGUUCACACACAACUGGCGAGUCCCAAGAAGAAAGCCAAAAAGGACAGGGUCGAGAAGAAACCAGUAUCUGUAACGUAUACCAAUAUCCAACAAGGGUUUGACGACUGCGGUGAAUCAGGUUCGGGUCAGCGGUUGCUCCAGGUGCUAGAGUCAUUGGACCUCGUAAAUGUAUGCGUGAUUGUCACCCGAUGGUACGGAGGGACCCAUCUCGGAUCCAUUCGGUUCCGACAUAUCACCACCUGUGCACUAGAAAGUAUCAUCGCGGGAAAAUAUGGAAAGUUUGGGGACACCAAGAGUGAUUCAAGAAAGAAGGGAAGGUCAAAACACACGUGAAAGGUAAUACAACCAGGAGACUCGGAGAACAGUCCGAAACAUCGAGCUUUGUCUGGUCAUUUUAUUUUGCAUUCUUAACGCCUGAAAUUUUGUGCAUAUCUACGUUUUAUGCUUGAGAAUACUACCGAGCUUGCUAAUCACCGCUGGUUCUAAGUCACAACUACUAGCCUCAAUGGGUCUGCAAACGUCUGUAAUGGACCUUCAAACCCGGCAUUUUCUGGGAUUAGUGCCUAUAAGUCCUAUUUAAAUUAAUGCUUGAUUCCCAUACUACAGUUCUGCAAUGUGCCUCGUAUAGCCUUCCC